UCCUUACGUCACCGCAUUACUGUGACGUCAUCACCACGCGACCUGACUUGUGUUGCGCAGUUGGUGUUUAGGAUUUGUUGGACUUUUUCUUUCUAUCUUGGCAAAAGUAGCAACUUUCUUUCAGAGCAUCACACGCUAACUAGCACAAACUUAUUCUUUCUACCAUCCCAACUUCCGCUGUGUGUUUGCUUGCCCGGCCGAUGGAGCUCGUCAAAGGGGCCGCGGAGGCUUCGAUGCUGGCCGGCGGCAACCUCAGCAACGUCCCGGCCUUCAACGUCAGCAACGUCCCAGCCUUCCUCUCCAAACUAUGGACUUUGUUGGAGGACCCACACACUGACCCCCUCAUCGGCUGGAACACGACCGGAACCAGUUUCCAUGUUUACGACCAGGGUCGCUUUUCGAAGGAGGUCCUCCCCCAGUUCUUCAAACAUAACAACAUGGCCAGUUUCAUUCGCCAGCUCAACAUGUAUGGCUUCCGGAAGGUGGUCCACAUCGAGCAGGGCGGUCUGCUGAAACCCGAGAAGGACGACACAGAGUUCCAACAUCCUUUCUUCAUCAGAGGACAAGAACACCUGCUGGAGAACAUCAAACGCAAAGUCACCAAUGUGUCUACUGUGCGUCAGGAGGAGGUGAAGAUCUCAACCAACGAGGUCAACAAGAUCCUGAAUGACGUACAAGUGAUGAAGGGCAAGCAGGAGACCAUUGACUCCAGAAUCAUCGCCAUGAAACAUGAGAACGAGGCUCUGUGGCGGGAGAUGGCGUGUCUGAGACAGAAACACGCCCAACAGCAGAAGGUGGUCAACAAGUUGAUUCAGUUCCUGGUGACGCUGGUCCAGUCCAACAGGAUCAUGGGAGUCAAGAGAAAACUGCCGCUCAUGCUCAGUGACUCAAGCUCCGCCCACUCCCUGCCCAAAUACGCCCGGCCCCUCUCUCUGGAGCAGUCUGCAGAACCCCCUCUGACCUCUGGACCAAUCAUCUCCGACGUCACAGAGGUGGCCACGCCCACAGCAGAAGAAGUGGUCAGUGACUGGAUGGCAAGUGGCAACAGAAAAAAACAGUCGCCUAAGGAGGCGGAGCCUGUCAGCCAUGAUGUGGUGGAGGAGGUGGUUGCGUGUGUGGACACGCCCCUUUCCCCCACUGUGUGUGUGGACACGCCCCUUUCCCCCACUGCCUUCAUCAACUCCAUCCUGGAGGAAGAUGACAACAUGAUGGUGGCAGACUCUUCUGUUGUUCUGAUGGACGCCCCCCAGACCACAGCCCCCAAUGGCCAAUCACCUUCCUCCACCUCAGACCUGGUCCCCCCCUGUCAGACUCUGGCUUGUAUCGACAAGUCUGAAUUGUCCAAUCACGUGGAGACAAUUGACAACAGUCUAGGACACCUGCAGAACACCCUCAGCAACCCAACCUUCACCUUUGAAACUUCUCCGCUCAUGGAGUUGGUGUAUCCCUCGUGGUCUCCAGGAGACUUUGACUUCAACACCUUGGACAGCCUUCUAGGUGAGGACACACCCAGAGGAUGUGAGCAGAGCAACAGUGCAGGUAAGCAGUUGGUGCAGUACACACCUGUGCACAUCCCUGAAGCUGACCUGCCAUCGUUACUGGAGUUGGAGGCGGAGCCUUUCCUCAACCCCGAAACGCCCGUUGAUGAUCCGACCACCAAACUGACCUCUGACCUCUGACCUCACGCGAGAAGCCGUGAAUGUUUUUGAGUGGGACUCCGUAUCCAUGACGACAGUGGUGACAUUGUACAUACUGUACAUGUAUUGUAUACUUUGUGCUGGCAUCGACUUGAUAGGACUUCCAAAAUUGAUGUUCAGAAUAGACAAAAACAUUUAUUGCAGAAUCAUUAAAAGACAUUUUCCAAGUUCA